ACUGCAGCUCGGUGGUGCUCGUGUUGUGUUGUGAGCGGUGGUGUGUGUGUGAGUUGUCGCGGGAUGUCGCGCCGGCUCCACGCAUCAUGCUGGCCGUUCGCCACGCCAAGUACCUGGGUUCGUUCCCGGCGGGCGGCGGCGAACACGAGGCGCGUGUCGACACCGUCUCCCGACGUCUGCAUCUCAUGAAGCAGGAGAGCGGGCAUGCGGUGCGGGUACUAGUAGUGGUCGCGCUUUCGGGGGUGAAGGUAUGCGACCCCGAAGACCAGAGUGUGCGCAUGUCGCACGCGCUCCGGCGGAUAUCGUAUGCGACGUGUGAGUCGGCGCGCGCCCUCUUCGCCUUCGUGGCUCGCGAGCCGCGCUCCGAACCAACGCAUCAGUACUGCCACGCGUUCGAGACCGAUACGCCUGACCAGGCGGAGGAAUUGAACGCACUGGUGGGAGAUGCGUUCCGAAUGGCGUUCGCGUCGCAGCUACAACCCUCCGCACCGCUCUGGAGCAAAGAGCUAAGCGGUGGUGCGUGCACGCGCGCUCCUGACACUCUCCCUGGUCUGACGCACCACUACCCGCACUGCUUGGAUAGGUCUCCAACACAAUGCGACAUUAUGGGCGGUUCGAAGCUAGACGCGUGCGAAGCCAGCGAACCCAGCGAAGCGAGCGAAGCAAGUCCGAGUUCUUCCGAGGAUUGGAACUCACCCACCGAGCUGAGCUGCUACCGACGACUGGGGGAACGAUUGGAGAGGAUGGAGAGACCACCGCUGAUGAAAAGAUUAGCGCUCGGUCUCAGUGGCGCCUUGUUGCAGCCCUCAGACGACGACGCCACACCUCUCGUCACAGAUACUCCUACUACCCCUACAAAUGUUCCACUCUGUCUCAAUGGAGGGUACAUUAACGAAGCGUCCGAGGCGGAGGCACGCACCCGUGAGAGUAACCGCGCGCGCCUCGACACUUUGCCCUGCGAUCUCGACGCUGAUUUUAGAAAAUGCAAUAAUAUUAGUAAUGGUAGGCCGAGUACGGGUAGCGGUGCGACGUCAUCAUCUUCGGGUGAAUCGUCGUGUGGUGCGUCGCGCGCGUCUGGUAAUAACAACGCGCGUCCUUUAGAACCGGAGCUCCGACACGCGCCCUGGUUUCAGCAGGGCAUACCGAGAGAGAUCGCGUUGGAGGUUCUCGGCGCGCAAUCUCCCGGUGCGUUUCUCGUGCGCGGCAGCACGACGCAGACCGGCUGUCUCGCGCUGUCUUUGCGUGUGCCACGAGACUUCGCGCCGCUGGGGAUAGCCCACUACCUCAUACUGCGGACGCCUAAAGGAUAUAAGAUUAAGGGCUUCACGAAGGAGUUCAGCUCGCUGUCGGCAUUAGUGACGCACCACAGCGUGAUGCCGGAGCUGCUGCCGGUGCCGCUGCGGCUGCCACGCGCGCCCGCCCGCCCCCGCGCCGACCUGGAGCCGCUCGAGCGCCUCGCGCCCCCUCGCGCGUCCGCCCCGCACAACGGAUACCGCGCCCAGCUCGAUGUCUGAGGCCGCUCGCCAGUUUACUCGUCGGUAGAUGCCUACCCUACGCGUGCCGAGUUAGACAGUUGCGAAUAUAUUAGAUUCGUCCAGUGACAUUGUUCAACUCGUCAUUAUGUGUGGUAUAAUAUAACAAUUUUGUGUCGAAUUUCUUAAUAAGCCAUCAUCAGUACAAUAUACAUAACAUACAUAUUACUUUUUUUUGACGAACAGUAAACAAUUCUAUUAAAUAAUGUUUAGACUGUCAACUAUAUUAACAGCAUUCUAUAUCACUACAGACAUACUUUGAUGAGAUCUUGUCUAAGCACCACAAGGAGUAAAAGUUGACCCAUACACGUUUUUAUAGAAAUUAUUAGAGAGUGCAUCUUAUCAUAUUAAAUACGUUAAAAAUAUAUAUGUAAUGGUGAAAUCUAAUCGAACGAUAUGAAAAUCAAGUGUGACAACAAUUUAAUAUAUUCGUCGUAUUUUAGGUGUGCUCUUAGAACUGACUUUGCUUGCAAUACUGUUAUAAGUUUAGAAACUAAUAUUGGAAUCUGUAAACGAUUAUAACCACGAUGACAAUUAUGUUACACAAAAGUAAAUCAUAAUAAAAUUCUGAUUGUCCUCCCGAUGAAACGAACUAAUUGCGCUGUCUCUUUCGUGUUUAUUAAGCGAAAUAGAGACGGCUAAUUUAAUUUACAUCUAAUAAAAUGGAAUGAGGCCCAGAAUGUAUUCGAACGCUGGAUUAUAAAGUAAGUUUGUUUUAAAUUGUAUAUCAUUCGAAGGUACCUAUAUCAAAAUUAAUUAGUCUUUGCGAAGUCACUAAAUUAUUGUACGUUGUCUAGUUACUGUUUGCUAAGAUAGUUUUUAUAAUAAACUAAUGUGAUAAAUAUUUACUUAGGGCGUGUAAAAAUUAUUGUACAAUAAAUAAAUGUGUAUAUGGAUUUGUAAGUAUAGCGUUUUGUGUCAUAAUUUAUAGUUUAAACGGAGGAAUUGCGCAAGAAUAUGAUUUCUUUGUUGUGCAUUUAAUUUUAUUUUAGGUAUAUCUAGUCGUAAAAUCAUUUUUCAUUCGAAAUCAAAAUUAUAUUUUCGAUGAAGUUUUAUUCACAAUAUGAAAUGUUAUUAUAUGAAUUUGUAUUGUCACACUUUACAAGAUGUUGCAGAGCGACAGAAAAUUAAAUUAAUAAAGA